AAACCACAUUUAAACCUAAAUCUCACAUCCGCCUAAUCAUAAUUCUCUCUCCUCUCGAAACCCCGCUUUCGCAUCUCUAUCGUUUCGCUUAUCGUUAGGGUUUUCUCUUUUCGCCACUAUCUCAUACUUUUCUACAAAUUUCACUCAAUUUUUCUGCCAAAUUUAGCGUUUUCUUUCAGUUUAGGAUUGUGAAAUUUCCUGUUUAUUUAGUUCAAUAAUGGAUUUUGGAGGACCUCGCAAAAGAGGUAGACCUGAAGCUUCUGUUAAUGGCCAUGGCGGCUUUAAGAAGUCUCGUCCUGAAUCGGAGUCCUUCACAUCUGGUGUAGGAAGCAAAUCGAAGCCUUGCACAAAGUUUUUCAGCACAUCGGGCUGCCCUUUCGGCGAGGGCUGUCACUUUUUGCAUUAUGUUCCGGGUGGAUUGAAAGCCGUUUCCCAGAUGGUGAACUUUGGUGGUGCACCAGUUCCUCCACCAGUCAGGAAUAUUGCAGGCCCUCCAUCAUUCCCUGAUGGUCAAGCUGGACAGGCGGGCAAGACCAAGAUUUGCAACAAAUUUAACACUCCAGAUGGUUGUAAAUUUGGAGACAAGUGUCACUUUGCUCAUGGUGAAUGGGAGCUUGGCAGGCCAUCCAUGCCAUCACAUGAAGAUCCACGUGGAAUGGGACACAUGGGAGGCAGGAUGGGAGGCAGGAUGGAACCUCCACCACCUGGUCUUGGUGGUGCUUCCAACUUUGGGGCCUCUGCUACCGCCAAAGUCAGCAUUGAUGCUGCCCUUGCUGGAGCUGUCAUAGGUAAAAGUGGCACAAAUUCAAAGCAUAUAUGCCGUCUUACAGGUGUCAAGCUUUCAAUUAGGGACCAUGAGACUGAUUCCAGCAAAAGGAAUAUUGAACUCGAGGGAACCUUUGAUCAAAUCAAGCAGGCCUCCUCCAUGGUAGAAGAGCUUAUCCGAAAUGUCAAGGCAGCUUCCGGUCCGCCUGUCAAACAGGCCACCGGACACGGGGGUGGUGCUAACAAUUUUAAGACGAAGCUUUGUGAAAACUUCACGAAGGGAGCAUGCACAUUCGGUGAUAGGUGCCACUUCGCUCAUGGAGCCGAGGAGAUGCGUAAAUCUGCAAUAUAAUUAAAUAGCAGCUCUUUUUCUUGUCCCUUUUAACUUAACUUGGGAUUUUUGUUCUUCAACCUUGAUAUGAUCAUGCUUAGGUUUUGUAUGUGGGGAAUGUUUUUAUUAGUACUGUUACUGUGGUACAGAGAUAGACCAAUAUGACAGAAUCGGAGGCUUUUAGGUUUUCUUAAAUGAAUUUAAUCUUUGUAA